CCUUUUUUUGCAUACGGGACCUCGGGCAGGAGCGAUGUGGGCUUAUGACACAGUCCCGUCCGGCCGUUAACGACUUCAGAUGCUUGCUUUCUUGCCGGUCGAAAUCCAAUGCGUCCUUCCGCACACGACAGGUGUCGGUCCAAAUUAUUGUGUGGCUCCUAAUUCGACAUUUUCAAGUUCUUCCGCAUAACAUGCCAUAUCAGCAUCGGCAGUGACAACAUUUUUAAUCCUUCUAUCUACAUGUUGGAGCAACACUUGAGCAACUGGAAUGCGUUGUUAUAUCUGGUUUUGUAACCUAGGCGUUAUUACUAUUCGUCCGUUUCGUUGUUGAACGCGCCCACUGACAGACAGGACAGCGACGGACCAAGGAGGAUUGGGUAUAGAUCAUCCUCAGACAACAUGUUCGAGGCCAAGGGAAUCGCGUUUAUUCUGCUGGACAUCGCGUGUCUCAUACUAGCCGGACUCCCGUUUGCGAUACUCAAUAUCCGGCACACUCCUUUCCGCAGGGGUUUUUUCUGUAGCGAUGAUUCGAUCAGGUACCCCUAUAAAGACGACACCAUUACCUAUCAGUUGUUAGGGGGCGUUAUGAUCCCCGUCUUGGCGCUCACUAUGCUCAUAGGAGAGUGGCUCACGGUUCACCUGAACCGCAGCAAGCCCAGUUCACCCUUCAGCAAAAGCUUCCUAGUGGCUGUUUACAAAGCUAUCGGAACCUUCCUCUUUGGCGCGGCGAUGAGCCAAUCACUGACGGACAUAGCCAAGUAUUCUAUUGGUCGCCUCAGGCCACACUUCCUGGAUGUGUGCAAACCCGAUUGGACCCAGAUCAACUGCACAGUGGGGGGUUAUAUUGAGAACUUCAGCUGCAGCGGAAACACCAGGCUGAGCAACGAGGGCAGGCUGUCCUUCUAUUCGGGACACUCCUCGUUUUCCAUGUACUGCAUGCUGUUCCUGGCUCUCUACCUCCAGGCUAGGCUCACAGCCAGCUGGGCACGCCUCCUGCGGCCCACCCUGCAGUUCUUCCUGAUCGCGGCGUCCGUCUACACGGGGCUGUCCCGGGUGUCCGACUACAAGCACCACUGGAGCGAUGUGCUGGUGGGCCUGCUGCAAGGAGCCCUCAUGGCCCUCCUCGUGGUGUUUUUCGUGUCCGAUCUUUUCAAGAAGAAGGAGGAGGCGGUAAAACCAGAGGAGAUUUCCCACGCGAGCUUCGUGGAGUCCCCCACCAACGGGAACUUUGAAAGCCCCAACUAAACCUACAUGCAAACGAGGGGACGGGAACACUUUGCAUAUCCGCUCACUAGUGCUUCUACCUGACGCGCCUUCUUGUCAUCCAGUAUCCAACCCAUACCCCGGCAGGGACAUACGCAAAAGAGUAUUGCUGCAAUUGUGCACCGUCGCGCCGUUCAUAUGUCUCAAAAGCCAUAUCACCUUAAUCAUGGACAAGAUGGGACGUGGUCGUUGUCAAGAGGAAGAGGAAUUGUAUUAUCCUACGCAAAAUCGUGGCCCCCUUAAGAUCAGUUUUAUCGUUUUUUUUUUAAGUUGCUUCAUUGGCUUUCGUUUUUUCAGUUGGGAGCCAUUAUUGCAUUUAGAGGCCAAUCCGGGGAGGUCCUGCAUGUGUCCACUAAAGGGUUUGACCACUGCUUGGGAGAGGGGGCGGGGGGAGAGGGCAUGUCAUUGAAUGUAACACUACUUCAUGCUUUCUCCCCCCCACACCUUCAAACCAGAUGUUGUGCGACACCGAUUUAUAUUUAAAGGAAGUACAGAAACCAUUCAGCAUCACACUCCCCAGUUUCCUCGCUGAGGCAGAUCGCUGUUGACCACUCAUCUUAAUAUCAACAAUUGAAGCAUUGUUAGGACAGAUCACGGAAAAAUGAUAGCGGUGUAUUUUGUGUAUUUGUUCUGCCUUAAAACAGGGUUUCCAUUCGGCGCUGUUCCAAUGUUUACACCGAAUUAGAAAAGACUAGUCUAGUAUAGUGAAACAGUGAAUCUGUGUAGUACCUUUAGAACAAACCUGCUCUAGAACGAAGGUGAGGAUGCAUAAAAUACGAAUAAGUAUAUUGCAUUUGUGUAGAUUUAGUAUGCAAGAAAACAAAGAUUCAAAUCACUUGUGUGCUGGAGACAAACACUGACGAAAGUAGGAACAGUGGACCCCCUCUGGCCCACCUCAUCUGGAACUGUAACCCCCCCCCCCCCCCCCCCCAAACAGAAUCCGAAAUGACCGUAGAAAUAUUCCCCCCUUUGGACAAAGGAGGAAGAUGUUUGGUUUUUGUGUUCCGUGUUGCCUUAGCUGGAAUGCUGCUACUGCUGCUAGUGCAGAACCCUGGCACUCAGUACUACAUAGAGACGCCGUAUUGUAACUUGUAUGUGCAGAGCAAAAGAAAACGAAAAUACAUCCACUUUUGUAUGUCAACUGAUUAUUUUGUUUUUAUUGAAGAGGCGUUACAAAUAUGUACAAAUAUUGAUGUUCUGCAUGUUGAACAGAAAAACAACCCAGACAUUUUGCUUAUUAACAUGAAAAAUAAAAUGGAACAGAAAAACAGACGUUUCUGGAUAAGACUGCUCGGGUAAGAAACAGGGCCUAGGGGAACUAGGUACAUCUCAUGAAAUAAAAAUGGGAAUCGAUGCAAUGUCUUCCACCGCAGGGCUGCGUUUCUGAGGGGAAGUGGUCCGUGUUCCCAUUAACAAACCUUCCAGAUCUCUAUGCUGUCAGACUAAGAGCAGGAGCUCAGCUCAGUGAGAUGAUCCUCCGUCGUAUCCAAACGGUCACUGAUGUUUAGCCUUGUCUUACACUUUGGAAAGGUUUAAAAAAAAAAAAAAAAAAACACGAGACAAUACAAAACAGAUGCUGUGGUUUUGGGUCAACUCCUCCGUGUGUGGGAGACGUCAGGUGAUCACAGGUAGAGACUGGCGGCGAACACGAUGUCACGCUUGAUCUUUGUUAUUCCUGCAAACACACAAGAGAGUCCAAGGGGGGAGGUUUUACCGCGUUGUGGAGCGUAAUAACACAAUGUCUGAUGUGCAGAGCCCUUCCUCAAAAACACUCAAAUGCAUCAAAUGAAUCCCAUGGAA